UCCACGCCAGGCAACGGCGCAGCAAGAUGGCGGCGCCGGAGACGGAGGUGGCGGCGGCGGGUCCCGGGACCGGCCCAGAGCAGCAAGUGACCAGCAAUGGAACUGCAGGGGGAGGCGAAGGGGUCGUCGAAACCCAGCAACAGAACCAGCCCCAGCAGCAAGCGCCAAAUGCCUGGCAAGUCAUCAAAGGAGUCUUGUUCAGGAUUUUUAUCAUCUGGGCCAUCAGCAGUUGGUUCCGUCGUGGGCCGGCACCACAGGAUCAGACGACCGCUGGUGGGACACCGAGAGCGCCAAGCCGAAAUCUCUUUCCUAAAGACACUUUAAUGGAUCUUCACGUCUAUAUAUCAGAGCAUGAGCACUUUACAGAUUUCAAUGCUACCUCGGCAUUGUUUUGGGAGCAAAGAGAUCUUGUGUACGGCGACUGGACAAGCGGCAAGAAUUCCGACGGGUGCUAUGAGCACUAUGCAGAGCUGGAUAUCCCUGAGAGCGUUCAGCACAAUGGUUCCAUCUACAUCCACGUGUAUUUUACGAAGAGUGGCUUCCAUCCUGAUCCGAAGCAGAAGAAUCUGUACAGGCGACUAGCGACAGUCCACACCUCACGAAUGAUAAAUAAGUACAAACGCCGGCGUUUCCAGAAAACCAAGAAUCUGCUGACAGGGGAGACGGAAGCAGACCCAGAAAUGAUAAAAAGAGCAGAAGACUUUGGCCCCGUGGAAGUCAUCUCGCACUGGCACCCGAACCUCACCAUCAACAUUGUGGAUGACCACACACCCUGGGUAAAGGGCAGCGUCCCUCCACCUCUGGACCAAUAUGUGAAAUUCGACGCGGUGAGUGGCGACUACUACCCGAUCCUAUACUUCAACGAUUACUGGAACUUGCAGAAGGACUACUUCCCCAUCAACGAGUCCGUGGAGCGCCUGCCCUUCCGCCUGUCCUUCUGCCCGCUCUCGCUGUGGCGGUGGCAGCUGUACGCGGCCCAGAGUACCAAGUCCCCCUGGAACUUCUUUGGGGAGGACUUUUAUGAACAGUCGGACGAAGAGCAAGACUCGGUGAAGGUUGCUCUGUUGGAAACGAAUCCAUACUUGCUCGCUCUGACUAUUGUGGUUUCCAUUGUACAUAGCAUUUUUGAAUUUCUCGCUUUCAAAAAUGAUAUUCAGUUCUGGAACAGCAGGCAGUCUCUAGAGGGACUCUCGGUCCGGUCCGUAUUCUUCGGGGUGUUCCAGUCACUUGUGGUUCUUCUUUACAUCCUGGACAACGAAACCAACUUUGUGGUGCAAGUCAGUGUCUUCAUUGGGCUCCUCAUUGACCUUUGGAAGAUCACCAAGGUCAUGGACGUCAGGCUGGACCGGGAAAACAAGGUUGCCGGGAUCUUCCCACGCUUAACAUUCAAAGACAAGUCAACAUACAUAGAGACAUCUACCAAAGUCUACGAUGAUAUGGCUUUCCGGUAUCUCUCUUGGAUCCUCUUCCCGCUACUGGGCUGCUACGCCGUGUACAGCCUCCUGUACCUGGAGCACAAGGGCUGGUACUCCUGGGUCCUCAGCAUGCUCUACGGGUUCCUGCUGACCUUUGGGUUCAUCACCAUGACGCCCCAGCUGUUCAUCAACUACAAGCUGAAGUCGGUCGCUCACCUGCCAUGGCGGAUGCUCACCUACAAAGCCCUCAACACCUUCAUCGACGACCUCUUUGCCUUCGUCAUCAAGAUGCCCAUGAUGUACAGGAUAGGAUGCCUUCGAGAUGAUGUCGUGUUCUUCAUUUACCUCUACCAGCGCUGGAUCUACCGAGUGGAUCCGACCCGCGUCAACGAGUUCGGGAUCAGUGGGGAGGAGCAGGGAUCUCGGACGACGACGCAGAGCGCGGCCCAGGAGGAUGGCCAUCCCGCAGUGCCCGCCAGCAGCAGCGCGCCCAGGGCGAUCUCAGAGGGCCCGGCCAACGGCGCCCCUGCGGCAGUGACAGAGCGGGCGGCCCGCAGCACUCCGGCGGCUGGCUCGGCAGGCGUGCCAGACGGCGUCCUGGAAACAGCCCUGCCGAAAACGGCAGAGGAGAAGAAGAAAGAUUAACCUGCUCUAACUGUUAUUUUUUAAAAUCCCUAACUUGACACUCUCACUGUUGGAUAAUGGACAGAAGGCAAAUGGGUGGGGGCAGGCGUUGCUUCGGCCCUCCAGGGUCCAAAGCGUUCUAUUUUAUAUUCCAGUCAACUCGUGGGGGCAGCCAGGGGGGCAUGGGAGUCCCAGGAUGAGGGAAAAGAGACCACCGGAGAUGUUGGUGGCGUUCGGUGUGACAUGUUGUAUCCAUGGGAGAGAAACCUCACCCCACUCACCCCUCCGUCAGUCUCUAUGUUAAACGCAAAACUCAAACCAGUAAUCAUUGUGACCUUCAUUCCAUUGUGCGGGUAUUUAGGACAUUGUUAUUAAGGAGUUUCCCUCCGAGUUGUGUCUCCGUUUCAUAAAGAGAGCUGAUUAUCAGAACAAAAUGAAACAGAAAAUACCGUUUCUCAUCGUUACAUCCUAAUACAGACUCUGGAUUUAAUAAAUUCAUAUGGGUGUUUAAGUUAAGAACCACAA